AUGCCAAUCAAGUCACCGUUGACGAUCGUCCUAGGAACAGCCAAUGUUGGAGAUAGCUCCCGGGACAAAACUGUCCGUUACGAUGCACCGAAUGAGGUGAACGCUUACCUCGAUGCAUUCUACGAGCGUGGCGGACGUCAAAUUGAUACUGCCCGUUCCUACUCGCCAGAGGCCCAUGGCUCGUCCGAGGAGAGACUGGGCGCUGUCGAGGCGGGGACGCGAUUCUCAAUCGCCACCAAGGUUUUGUCCCUGACACCGGGCAGCCACUCGAAGGAAAACAUCAAGGAAAACAUCGCCGCGUCGUUGUCAUUGCUGAAGAUACCUAAGAUUGAUAUCGAGUACCUGCACAUGCCGGACAGGACCACACCUUUCGAGGAGGCGCUCGCGGCUGUCAACGAAGCAUAUACACAAGGGAAAUUCGAACGCUUCGGUUUGUCUAAUUACACAGCGGAGGAGGUGGACAAGGUCGUCCAUAUUUGUGAAGAAAAGGGUUUCGUCAAGCCGAGCGUGUACCAGGGACAGUACAAUCCGAUCAUCAGAAGCGGGGAGAAGGAACUCUUCCCGGUCUUGCGAAAGCACGGUAUCGCCUUCUAUGCUUGGAGUCCGGCAGCCGGUGGAUUUUUCGCAGGAAAUCACAAGCAUGUGCAACCUGGCGCCCGAUAUGACUCGUCGACUUGGGCUGGUAAAGUCUACGCAUCUGUGUAUCUGAAACCCAACAUCGAAGCCGCCACAGACCGUGCCAUCAACCUUGUGACCAAACACGGCAUCAACGGCCACGCUGCAGCAUUGAGGUGGACCGUGUACCACAGCACGCUCAAACAAGAGUUUGGGGACGCGGUGAUUAUUGCUGCCUCCAGCGUCGCUCAGCUGAAUUCCAACAUUGACAUGAUUGAGCAAGGGCCCCUGCCAGGUGAGGUUGUCGAUGCCAUGGAGACCCUGUAUAAGGAGGUUGAGGGAACAGAGUUCCCCUACCAUUUGUAG